AUGCCACCAAAAGGUCUUUCUGCAGCUGAAAAGCGCAGACGUCUCGAAGAAUUAUUUCAUGAGACGAAAGAAUUCUACCAACUUAAAGAGUUGGAAAAAAUAGCUCCAAAGCAAAAAGGAAUUGUAAUGCAGUCCGUGAAAGAUGUUCUUCAAAGCCUAGUAGAUGAUAACCUCGUUUCGACGGAUAGGAUUGGAACUUCUAAUUACUUUUGGUCUUUUCCUAGCAGUGCUCUUCAAUCGCGUAAAGCCAAAAUUGACGAAUUAACCAAAGAACUUGAAAAAUUAAAAGAAAAAAAAUCAGAAAUACAGUCAAAUAUUGAAAAGGCUAAAGGAGGACGCGAAGAAUCGGAUGAUCGAGAAGAAAUGUUAAAAAAAUUAGCUGAAGCAAAAACGUUACAAAAGCAAUAUACUGAUGAAUUACAACGAUAUCGUGAAUGUGAUCCUACUUUGCUGGAGGUUAAAGAAAAAGCUGCUAAAUAUGCACUUGAAUCCGCCAAUCGAUGGACUGACAAUAUAUUUCAACUUCAAACCUACAUAUGCGAUAAAUUUUUCAUGCCCCGCGAAGACUUUUAUUCACGUUUCGGAAUUCCUGAAGAUUUGGACACUAUUGAGAAUUGA